AUGAACUGGAACGAAAACCUUCUGCCAAACGACAACGUCAUCCAGGGCUUUACCUGCGGACAAUAUGGCAACAAAUUCUACCUGAACGUACCAAGCUACUCGCGUUUCCGCCCUGGAAGUGUUGUUGGAAAUACCGGGAUGUACGGGCGCUGGGUCCAGCGACUUGACAGCCUACCAGACAAUUUUGUCAAUCCCCGCUUGUUCUGUCGGAAUUGGUACAGUGGGCAGGUUGUUAAUAGAAGCAGCUCAUCACUUGGUGAGUACAGGCUAUCUACUCCCACCCCCAGCCCCACCCCCGAUAAUCAGGAAGUACUGCCUCGGUAUUACUGCUGUCAGGCUUCUACACUCUGCCACCUCUACGAUGACUACAGACCGGCCAUGGGUUGCUACAAUUACCGACCACCAUGGUGGUUCUGGUUUUGGGGAGACCCUCACAUCAAAACCCUGGACGGAGUUGAGUACACCUUCAAUGGCCUUGGUGAAUACACGGUAGCACUCAUUGAAGAUGAGAACGGAGCACAAAUCUUUGAACUACAAGGCCGGACGCAGCGAGCUACCAAUGUAGAAACUGGUCAACUAACGGAUGCAACAUUCUACUCUGGGUUUGCUGCAGAGUAUUCAGGAGAAGGACGGGUUGAAGUGAAAUUAAACAAAAGGCAGGAAGCUGAUGAUCUGAUAACAACUGUCAAUGGAGAUGUUGUCACGCCUACAACAGCAGGAUUGCUAAUUGGCAAUGUUACUGUCAAAAGGGAUGCUUCAACUAACAAAGUGGUCACCAUGUUCCCUGGCGAUAUUCAGUUUACAGUAGGAGUAAACAACAGCAUUGGAGACAUUACUGUCCAGUUAGGGCAAACGUAUCGGGGAAAAACCAAGGGACUACUGGGCGUUUGGGAUGGCGACCAAGGCAAUGAUGCAACCAGACGUGAUGGUACUAUACAACCAGCCACCGGUGACAACGGAGCGAUGAUUGAAAGAGACUUCUAUAAUUUUGGUGAAACCUGGCGUAUCACUGAACAGGAUUCUCUCUUCUACUAUGUGGGUGACGAAACUUGGGCAUUAUCAAAUGACCACUCCUUCCUGCCAAGUUUCUAUGAAGAUCUUGUCGCAGCUGCCACUCCGGAAAAGCUUCAAAAGGCUCAAGAGUUAUGCGGGGACAACAAGAUGUGUUUGUUUGACACACUGGCGACGGACGAUGAAAGCAUCGGACAGUCUACAGUGAUGCUGAAUGAAAUGAACUCUGAAACCGAAAGUGCAGCAACCAACUAUCCACCAAACAUAACCGCUUCGGAUACCUUCAGGGUAACGGUGGGUGUGCAAUUCACUGAGCAACUGGAAGCCAUGGAUCCUGAUGAAGACGAUGUUAUAUUUUCAUUGGUGGAGCCAAUCGAAGGUGCAUCCAUCACCGAAGAUGGUGGUCUCUUCACAUGGACGCCAGCGGACCAGUCAAAGGUCAUGGUUGCUUUCCUAGCAACAGAUGGCAAAGCUAAUACCACACACGAACCUACUGUACAGCUCUGUGACUGCAAGAACGGUGGCACGUGCCUGUGGGAUGAGUUUGUGAUGGGCACGGAUGUUGUCGAAAACAGUUUUGGGGUGGUGCUUUGCGAGUGUGAGCCUGGCUGGAGUGGUGAGUUCUGUGAAGUGGAUUACGACGCCUGUGAGGACGGCCCCUGCUUCAUGGGCGUGGCUUGUUUUGAUGAAGCGCCACCGUCGUUGAACAACACCUGUGGACCUUGUCCUGAAGGACUUGAGGGUGACGGCAGGUUCUGUCAGGAUAUUGACGAGUGUGAGCUGUACCAAGACGAGCCAGCCAGCAGCGGUGGACGCGGCUGCGAUCAGAUCUGCAACAACACCCUCAUGGAUUACAACUGCAGUUGUGAAUCUGGCUACUCCUUGUACAUUGACAACAGGCGAUGCAUUGAUAUCGACGAAUGUGAAUUGGGCCUGCACAACUGUAGCGUCAACGCUGUGUGCAACAACACCAAGGGCAGCUACGAGUGUGAAUGUAAGCCAGGCUUCAGGGACGACUUUAUGGAUGGAACGUCGUGUACAGACCUCGUGGAAUGCACAGACAAUAGUAGCUAUACUUGUGACGAGAAAGCUAAAUGUGAAAACACCAUCGGCUCGUACCUGUGUGUGUGCAUUGCGGGAUAUGAAGGUGAUGGCAAGACAUGUCAAGAUCUGAAUGAAUGCGCAAGGGACAUGGAUGAUAAUUGUCACGCUGAAGCCGAUUGUACAAACACUGUGGGAUCAUACACGUGUGCGUGUGGGGAUGGCUGGACUGGCGACGGCACAAAUUGCACCAAUAUAAACGAAUGUGCUGCACCGUUACCAGUCUGUGAUGAGAACGCUGAGUGUACGGACACUCAAGGUAGCUUUCUAUGCCAGUGCAACACUGGUUAUGUUGGCAACGGAAUGAUGUGUGCGGAUUUGAAUGAGUGUACCACUGGUCAGGACGAUUGUUUGGCCGUUACUGGUGAGUGCAGCAACACAGUGGGUAGCUUUGACUGCAGCUGUAAGGAUGGAUAUACCGGGGACGGUCGGACAACCUGUACAGAUAUCGAUGAGUGUCAGGGAAGCAAUGAUUGUUCUGAAAACGCUAAUUGCACCAACACGGUGGGCAGCUAUCAGUGUGACUGUGUGACUGGAUACACAGGGGACGGACAGACCUGCACAGACAUUGACGAAUGCACUCUUGAAUUAGACAACUGCCAGCAAGAGUGCUUUAACACGGAAGGAUCAUUUGAUUGCAAUUGUAGUGCAGGUUUCACCCUUCAAGAUGGGGUUUGCCAAGAUAUUGAUGAGUGUACAAGCCUGAGUGACCCUCACAGGUGUGGUGCCAACUCCAUGUGUGCUAACCUGGCAGGCAGUUACGAGUGUCGUUGUUAUCCCGGCUACACUCUCAAUAGUGACCAACGGACCUGUUCAGAUGUGAAUGAAUGCCAAGCCGGUACUCAUAACUGCGACGCUAUGAGCCAGAUGUGCGUCAACGAUGAACCCUACUUCACUUGUGACUGCAAGCCUGGCUUCAGCAGCGAGAUUUUCAACGGAUCCUGCUCUGACAUCAAUGAAUGUUUAAAUGACACCUUGAAUGAUUGCCACAUCGACGCUGACUGCCUGAACAAUAACGGUUUCUUCACCUGCCAAUGCAAAGACGGAUUUACUGGCACCGGACAGCUGUGCUUUGAUAUUGAUGAAUGCUCCUUGCCUACCGACGACCCGAACUACGCCAACUGCAGUCGCUUCGCAUCGUGCACCAACCUGGCUGGCUCAUUCCAAUGCAACUGCAACACGGGAUACGAAGGGGAUGGACAGACUUGCCAGAAUAUUAACGAGUGUGAGAGUGGGAUCUCCGCGUGCGCUACCAACAGUACCUGCACGGACAACCAAGGCAGUUAUCUCUGCACGUGCGACGAUGGUUUCCGUGGUGAUGGCUUUACUUCGUGCGUCAACAUCAAUGAGUGUCAGGAGAACCCUGGCGUGUGUCACUCCUUAGCGACGUGCACAGACACCGAGGGAAGCUAUCGCUGCGACUGUAACCAGGGUUAUCAAGGAAAUGGCACAUAUUGUGAAGAUUUGAAUGAAUGCAUGACCGGUUCCGAUGAGUGUGCAGCCAACAUUGCUAAGUGUACGAACAAUGUCGGUAGCUACAUGUGUUCCUGCGUAGAUGGUUAUGUCUCUGCAGGCUUCCCAAUUGGUAGACAGUGCGAUGAUAUUGAUGAGUGUGCGCUGAAUCUUGACACCUGCGAUACAUCGGUGUCGCUAUGUAACAACACUAUCGGCAGCUACAUGUGUGACUGUAAGGAGGGGUAUGAAAAGAAUGCAUUGAGCCAGUGUGAAGAUGUGAAUGAAUGUGAUGACACUCCGUGUACGAUGGCCAACUCCAUGUGCGCCAAUCUGCCAGGGACAUAUGAGUGCAACUGCAUGUUAGGAUUCUAUCAACAAGGCGCAACAUGUCUGGCGGCUUAUUCAAAGGAGGUAUCUGCCGUGUUUGAAAUCAUCAGUGGCUUGGUUGUGGACAGUGCUGGAUUUGAUCUGGCAACAGGCUCCGUCACAUAUCGCCAGGAUUUGAAGACUUCGAUGGAGGCAGCCUUCGGAGAUUCUUCUCUGAGUAGUUCCUUCAGGGAUGUCGUCAUCACAUCCUUGACGCUGAACUCGGACUCAACAACAGCUCUACUGAAGUUGGUCAUCAACUUCCAGAGUGGCUCUAUGCACUCGGAUCUAGACGUCAUCAUGGCAUUGCUUGCCCAGCUGACGGGUAGCAAUGGGGGUCAGCUGGCUCCCAACCACCAGCUGAUCAGACGGACAUUCAUCAUCGGUGUCCCCAAGUGUGAUUCAGCGCCCUGCGAGAACAGUGGUGAGUGUGUUGAAGACAACUUGGCCACGGGAGGAUACACGUGCACCUGCCCGACGGGCUACAGCGGACAAAACUGCCAAGUCGCACCUUGUGAUGUCAACCCUUGUAUGAAUAGUGGGAAUUGCGCAGUUAACUCUUCAUCAGACACUGGCUACACCUGUACAUGUGAUCAAGGAUUCAGCGGCCCUCGGUGUGAAACGUUAGCACCUUGUCAAAUGGGCAACGACUGCGUAAACGGAGCAACUUGCGUCAACGAUCUCAACAACCCUCGGGGAUACACCUGCAGCUGUGACGUAGGAUUUAUGGGAGAAAACUGUGAAAUAGCUUGUACGCUUUCAUGUGCGAAUGGCGGAACACUGGAUCUUGCAGCAUGCACAUGUACAUGCACCGACAACUGGAGUGGACUGAGCUGUGACGAUUGUACAUUGGACUGCAUGAAUGGUGGUAAUCUGAAUCAGCCAACAUGUCAGUGUAUGUGUGAAAACGCUUGGAUGGGAACGACCUGUACUGACUGCGGCUUAACUAGCUGUCCACCAGGAGAGGAUCUGUUCAACAGCACUUGUCAAUGCUCAGCUUGCCCGUUCACCUGUUUCAAUAAUGGAGUGCAGGAGCAGAAUUGCCAGUGUACAUGUGACAGUGACCAGAACUGGACAGGGGAUGACUGUUCCGAAUGUCCGUUACAAUGCGCGAAUGGUGCAGAGCUUAAAAGUCAGACCUGUAAAUGUUCAUGCACAGGUAACUGGAUGGGAACAACCUGCUCUGAGUGCCAAUUGAACUGUGCAAAUGGAGGAAAUCUCAACAGUGGGACAUGUCAGUGUACAUGUGCAGGUAGCUGGACUGGAACCACCUGUUCUGACUGUCCACUUUCCUGCGCAAAUAACGGUACGCUGAAUGACGGAGCAUGUCAGUGUCAAUGCGAUAAAAACUGGAUGGGAAUUACCUGCACUGACUGCAACUUGAGUUGCGAGAAUGGCGGAACGCUCAAAACUGCUACUUGCCAUUGUUCAUGUGCCCAGAGCUGGACUGGGGCUAACUGUUCAGAACUAACUUGUUUGUUUGUAUCAGAGUGCCCGCUGUCUGCAUCAAGUUGCUCGAAUGGAGGUACAUUUGAUGCAGAAUUCUGCCAGUGUCUUUGUCCAUCUGAUUAUGCUGGACCAACUUGUAUAGCUGCCAGUCCAUGUUUGUUAGACACCGCUCUAUGUCCAGACACUGAUGGCAAGUUCUGUCAACCGGCUACCAGCGCUGCGGGCUACACAUGCAAAUGCAAUGGGUUUGCAGAAUAUUUCACUAACAGUGACGGUUCAUGUUCAAAACGCACGUCAUUCCGAUUUGGCAUGGCAUUCGACCUGCCUUUCCUUAGUGCCUACCGAAACCCAUCAUCUGCUUCAUGGAGAAAACUUGCCAGGAGGAUCACUUCAGCGAUCCUGAACAAGCUGCGGGGAGAUAGUUUGACCGACCGUGUGAUUGGGGUAACAGUUUUGAGCUUAGAAGAAGGCAGUGUGGUUGCACAGACGGCACUGGCAUUCCAAGGGCAACAACCCUCGGUGGAUGUCAUCAGCAAUGUGAUAGCAGAGAAUGAUACACUAUACGAUGGUGUGGACGACAUAGCUCUUGUACCGGACUCUGUCAGUUACACAAACACAUCAUUGUUAUCAGACUGCACACAAGAUGGUUGCAUGAAUGGCGGAACAUGCGAGAGCUCAGGAUUCUCCCCUCAGCCAACUUGCAGUUGCCCUGCAUCGUUCACUGGCGAGCGGUGCGAAACUGCAGUGACCACGUCACCACCAGACUUGACAACAGAGACACCACCAGACUUGACAACAGAGACACCAGCCACAGAAGGAGGCGGUGGUGUGUCACCUCUAGCUACAGUUCUCAUCAUAGUCGGAUGUGUUGUUCUCCUGCUGGUGAUAGCAGGAAUAGUCAUCUGGUGCUGCAUGAGGCGUCAAUACCUUAUUAAAAGUCAAAUCUACCAUCAGUCAAGUAGACGGCUCCAAGCUAAUAGGGAACCCUUCGGUUUUGAAGAUCGCCGAGAUCGCAGCUUGUCCUCUGACGAAAGCUACAAUGUAGCUGACUACAGCGAGGAAGAAAGGCGGAUGAAUCGUCUCGCUCAUGUCAUGAGCCGGUCACCUUACCUACAGACUAUGCAGAGUCAUUCAGAGUUCAUCCGACCAUACAUGGUGACUGGCAACGAGGCAUUGGAACGUUACCGCGAAGAAGAAGCGCGUGAUGGAGGGGACGUUGCAGGCCGCGUGGUGUACAAUCCCGCCCUCUACUACUAAACUACGACAAUAGCCUGCUCUGUGACAAGUAAUACCCAUGGGAUAAGUAGACUGAACGAGUAAGCGACGGCUUGCAGCUUUACCAUGAUAACCAGUUCCACAGUUAUCCAAGUUCAAGUAGAGAGUUAAUCUUCGCACAUAUCGCAUUUACCCAAUAAGGUGCCGUGUCUCUCUCCCUUAUUCUUAGUUUUAAUAUAUUGUUUUAUUCUUGUAGGAGCGGACAAAGCAAACAGCCAUUUCCAAAAGUAACAUCUUACUUAA